AUGGCUGAAAGGAAUAGAACCAAAGUGAUGGAAUUCAUUCUUUUGGGUUUUUCAGUCCAUAGAGAGUUUGAAGUCAUUCUGUUUGUGCUCAUUUCAGUGGUGUAUACUCUAACUUUCAUAGGGAACCUUGGGAUGAUUUCAUUAAUCUGAUUGGAUUCUCGACUUCACAUACCCAUGUACUUUUUUCUCACUAAUCUGGCCAUCGUAGACCUCUGUUACUCUUCAUCAGUAACCCCCGAAUUCCUGGAGACCCUCCUAAGCAAGCACAAGUCUAUAUCUUUCUAUGCAUGUGCAACAUGGCUGGGCUUUUUCCUGAACUUCCUGAUUUCAGAGAUGUUCCUUCUUGCAGUUAUGGCUUAUGACCGUUAUGUGACCAUCUGCAAUCCUCUUCUCUACAUGGUGAUUAUGUCCCGAAAGGUGUGUAUGCAACUGGUAAUAGGCCCUUACUUAUACAGCUUUUCUGUUGCUUUACUCCACACAGUUGUUACUUUCCAACUGAUUUACUGUGGCCCCAAUAUCAUCAAUCACUUCUACUGCGAUGAUGUCCCUAUGAUGGCCUGCUCGGACACCAGCCUCAAAGAAAUCUUGAUUUUCAUCUUUGCUGGAUUCAACAUGAUCAGCUCUUUGACCACUGUUCUUAUUUCUUACUUAUACAUUGUGGCCGCCAUCUUGAAAAUCCAAUCUACAGAAGGGAGGUGCAAAGCUUUCUCUACUUGUGCCUCUCACCUGACUGCUGUGACUAUAUUCUAUGGGACUCUGAUCUUCAUGUAUCUGCAGCCAAAAUCAAACCAGUCCCUUGACACAGACAAAAUGGCCUCUGUGUUCUACACAAUAGUAAUUCCUAUGCUAAACCCCAUGAUCUAUAGCUUGAGGAACCAAGAGGUAAAAAAUGCCUUAAGGAAAGCAAUUGACAAAUGUUAUGUCCUGUUUUUAACAAACUUUCAAAAAUGA